UGGGAGGGGCGGCCGGUGCAGCCGCGGCUGCCAUCUUAGCAAUUCCUGGCGUUGCGGCCUUGUCGUUGGCGGCGGCCUUCGUGGCGGCCGUCGGCCUCAGGGGGAAGCAGAAAGUCAGCUCGCUGAUAGCUCUCCUUCCCCCAGCCUCGACAAGAUUGCCAGCCCGCUUCCGGAAGCGGAGGCGAGGACAGCCGGGCACGUGCGGGGCCCGAAGCCAGCGGUUAGUCCCAGCGUCGCCCGGAAGGAUGGGCCGGUCUCGGAGCCGGAGCUCGUCCCGCUCCAAACACACCAAGAGCAGCAAACACAACAAGAAGCGGAGCCGGUCCCGGUCGCGGUCUCGGGACAAGGAGCGCGUGCGAAAGCGCUCCAAGUCCCGGGAAAGUAAACGGAACCGGCGGCGGGAGUCGCGGUCCCGCUCGCGCUCCACCAACACGGCCGUGUCCCGGCGCGAGCGGGACCGGGAGCGCGCCUCGUCCCCGCCCGAUCGCAUCGACAUCUUCGGGCGCACGGUGAGCAAGCGCAGCAGCCUGGACGAGAAGCAGAAGCGAGAGGAGGAGGAGAAGAAAGCAGAGUUCGAGCGGCAACGAAAAAUUCGGCAGCAGGAAAUAGAAGAAAAACUCAUCGAGGAAGAAACGGCACGAAGAGUGGAAGAAUUGGUGGCAAAAAGGGUGGAGGAAGAAUUGGAGAAACGGAAGGACGAGAUUGAGCGAGAAGUGCUCCGAAGGGUCGAGGAGGCCAAGCGCAUCAUGGAAAAGCAGUUGCUCGAAGAACUCGAGCGACAGAGACAAGCUGAGCUUGCAGCGCAAAAAGCCAGAGAGGAGGAAGAACGUGCAAAACGUGAGGAGCUAGAGCGAAUACUAGAAGAGAAUAACCGAAAAAUUGCAGAAGCACAAGCCAAACUGGCUGAAGAACAGUUGAGAAUUGUUGAAGAACAAAGAAAGAUUCAUGAGGAAAGGAUGAAACUAGAACAAGAGCGACAGCGUCAACAAAAAGAAGAACAAAAAAUUAUCCUGGGCAAGGGGAAGUCCAGGCCAAAACUGUCCUUCUCAUUAAAAACCCAGGAUUAAAUUGCAAACUCUGAACUUUUUACAAAGAAAAAUGGAAAAACUUUGUAUGGUAGCUUCAUGUUGAAGUGGUUUUUUUUUUUGUUUGUUUUGUUUUUUUUUAAUUUGGAAAAUCUGGAAAGUUAGCUUGUUCUAAUAGGGGCUAUGCUCUGCAAUUCCUUUUUUUCCCCUCCACUCCUUUAAUGUCCAUUAAGUCAAAUCCUUAUCAGAUCAUUGUUAUCUUCCACAAAGCGAUAUUUUUUCACCUGUUGGAUUCUGUAUUAGUGAUCUGAAGAAGAGCAGAUCACUUUGUAAACUAUGGAUGGUCUGAUAAGGUUUUUACUGACCCACUGACUUCACCGUUAUACUCUGUUUACUACAUCAUAAUGCUGGUUUUGCUGACUUUUUGUUUUUUUAUAUAUUUAUAAAAAAAGAAAAAGUUGGUAAUUGCAUCGGAAGCGCCCAGGGUGUUGCCGGACCUUUGUGGUAUAUUGUUAACCAGUGUCCUCGUGGUACUGUUACUCUUGAUGUUCCUGACACAGGUAAGGAUACAGUUGGUCAGCUCUGAUACAACAUAUACAUACAGUUCAGUAUUGUCUCUGUUCAACUUGUUUUUAUUUCAUUGAUGAAAUCAAACCAGCAUUCCCCAUUGUGUAAAUAAAUGAUUUUGCUGAAUAAAGUAAAGUCUUAAAUUCA